GUGUUGUGAGUGCAUGUGAAAUGGGGAACCCCCACCCCACCCCGCCCCCUCCCUGCUCCUGGGGCCCACUCACACUACGCCCUCACCCGUGCCCCCCACCCCACCUCCCCACAGUGACACUGGCCCUGGGGGACGGGGGUGCUGGGAGAGGAGGACCUUUUCCCGUGGCAUUAGAAGGGGGAGGGACAGCUGGGGGUCCCUCACCCCCACCCCUGACCUGCCCUCGAAUCAGUGUUGGAGCCUCCUCUUCCCCUCGGUGGAUCCUCAGUCAUGAUUUUGGCAACUUUGGGAAUAAAGGACAAUUCUCACAGGUGUGGCUCCCCCAGGCUCCCCUCCAUGGCUCGCGUGCCCCCAAGCCCCACCGUGGGCCCCCAAGGCUGUGCUCUCUUGGCCUCCUGGGGGCAGCUGGGGACCAGCCUCUCCGAGAGGCGGUGGCUUCUCUGGCCCUGCGUGUGUGUGAGGUCCAGACCCUCACUCCUGACGGGGUCUCUGGCGGGAGGCCCGUGGGUGUGGGGGCUUCAGCACAGGCCCCAGUGGGGUCUGACGGCCGUGGGGUCACGUGGGACGUCGACACUGGUGAGCACUUCUGGGGACGGCAGCUGGGGGACGCCUCUGCUGGCCUCGCCUGGCCCUGGGCCGGCACGGCUGAUCAUCCUGUCCUCCACGGAGCCAAGCCCGGGAUCCCCGAGAAAGCCUUUCUCGGUCGAGCAAAUGGGCGUCCAAAAGUCCCCGUUUGCAUCUGUGUGCUCGCCCUGGGCCGAGCCCCCCUCGCCAGCACGAGGCCAGGGCCCCCAGCCCUCCCCGAGGUGUGUGCCCUGCCAGCUCCACUGAAGCUGGACAUGGGCCUUGUCCUCGGCCCCCAGCCUAGGGGACUUAGCGGUGGAUCUGCCCAAGUCCACGGUCCCCCAAAUGCCUGUCCCCCCUGCCGUGGGGGCUGCUUCUGCCGCUCCUGAUGGCUGGGUCCGUUCCUUCAGCCUCACCUUCAACAGCAGUUCUCAGAGCCCUCGCCGGGGAGCCAUGCUGGGGCCGGGUCCCCAGCCUUGGAGACCUCAUUGUCAUGGCACAGGGGGGCCGUGCUGGCCCCCACGACAGCCCACCUCCUUGUCACCCGAGGAGACGCCUCCCACGUUGAACAGGGUGGCCUGCGGCCCCCCAGGAGGUCACAGUGAGGGGCUGUGGCGCCUGAGCCUGCGAGACGGCCCCGGGCGGGAACCGGGGUCAGGUUCCCUGUCGGCUGCUGCAGCCUGUGCCCUGGCCGACUCGGUGUCGCCGCCUCCCGCCGACCAGGCUCGCGUCUGGGGGUCGCGGGUGCACCGACUUAGAAGGGCACGGGCCUGGGGCUGCGUCUGCAUCAAGGUUCACCGUCCCGCGUGGGCGUCACCCCGGGAGGGCAGCGGCCUCAGGGUGGUGGCGCCGAGACUUGGUUUGUUCUUGUCUUCCUCUCCUUCCUUUACAGCCUCGGGGAAACGCAAUCCACCAGGGACUGCGUGUCCCCUUAUCCCUUCCAGGGUGUGGCAGCUGCGAGCCGCCCCGUGAGGGAGAGCUCAGUGGGCGACUCUCACCCGUGAGCGUGGUUCACGCCCGCUCAGCGUUCGUCGUUUUUCUUUCCUUCGCCCACCCAGGAUUCAGCUACCCCCUCACUCACGGGAUGUGCUCGUCAGACCAGCCCCCUUAGGUCUCGCUCGCCUUCUUACAUGUGCUCAAACUUGUCCGGACUGCCUCUCUGAUUCGUUCUCUAGAAAUUCCUCGCGGUGUAGCUCUGUAGACAGACUGGGAAGAGGUUCAUCAAUUUUGAAAGGAGUAGGAUGAGAGUGGGUGUCCAUGUCUUAUUCCACAUUAAUGUAAAUGGCAUUGAAGAAGGAAGGAAUGAGGGAGUGUGUCAGAUGCUACCGUGAGUAUAGCCUAAAAUGGAGAGUAAAUAGUCCAGUUUUCAUGACACCUAAAACACAGACCUACACUAGCAGAGGCCCAAGAAAAUAUUCAAUAAAUGUUGUUGUGGUGGUGAAAAUCUGUGUUCAUAACUCUGGAUACUAUAGUGGCAUUAAUCCAUUUCUCAACUACAUACAUACACAUAUGUAUUUUUACUGUUUAUAUUAGGUCUUGCUUUCUUAUUUAGAAAAUGAUAUAAUCUGGUGGGUUACAUGAAAAUCCUUAUUUAAUCACCUCCAAAACAUAUUAGUUUAUCUUACAGAAAAUUAAAAGGAAAACACUUGGACAUUGAGCUGAAAGUUCAUGAUGUUUAUUGGAAAGGAAUAUGUUUUACAUAUUCAUAAGACCCAAACAAGACAACCAUGUCAGUAUUUGAAAUGUAAUGUUUCCUAAUUUAGCUACUUAAUUUAUGUUCACAAUUCAUGAAUGUUCCAUACUUUUCUGCUAUAACUUUGUACCAGGUAUGAAACAAGCACAAAAGUUUUUAUCUAUGAGCAUGUCAUUUUUUAUAAAUGUGUUGUGCACCGAGUCUUAUUCCUCUUGCUCAGGAUAAACUGGCGGAGAGGCAGUGCCCAGACUCAUCACAGGGCAGAUCCUCAGGAAGCCUUGGCCAUCAGUCAUUGGGUGUGAAGGAGCAAAAAAUGGGCGCAGUGGCUCUGCAGCCGAAAAUUUGGUGAAUGUAAAGAUGUGGGAUCCGUUGCUAAUGUCACAAAAGGAAAUGCUUCCAAUAUCCAUGUCCAGGAAAAUCCCCACUCGGUCUAAUCGAGGGUUCACCUGCAGAGGAGUCAGGGGUACAGUGCUGGCUGAGUAGAAGUCUCCGUUUGUUAACCCCACAGUCCAGAAGCCACGCUCUGAAGUCAGUACGAUCUCCUCCUGUCGAGGAACAGAGUCUUUGCAGACGCCCAGGUCCCACUCUUUGCUUGUUCCCACCUCCACCUCCCAGUAGUGGCGGCCACAGGUGAACCGAGGGGUGCCCAGGACACAGAUGGGGUGGAAUCUCUCAGCGCGCUGUUCCCGAUUCUGUUUGAAGAAUCCACAUUUCAUUCUCCUCCGGUCGUCAGAGAUGAUGAGGUAGUUGUUGGCUGUGUCCACAUCCAAGGUCAUAUCCACUGGGGAAAGAAAAGUGGUUCAGCAAAUAUUGGCCCACUCCUCGUUUCUACCAAAUGUCUCAUUCACUGUCACCUCUUGAAUUCUGCCCUUCCUCCCUAAAUCAGAAUUUUCUUGGGGAAACUUCCCUGACCUCCCUGAUCGAGUUAAAUUUUGUAUAUAGAAUGAAUGGACCUAAUUGUAACAAUAAUUCGUCUUAUAGUAGGAAUUCUUUUUACAUUGUUAUGUGAUUAUGUGAUUAAAUAUUUUUCUUCCCUUAAGUGUGA